AUGCCGACAGUUCACCUUUUGGACUACGUUGCUGGCAACAUCCGAUCACUGGUCAAUGCCAUUGAGAAGGUCGGCUACACUGUCGAAUGGAUCAAGUCACCUGAAGACGUGCCAAACGCAGAGAAACUCAUCCUGCCCGGUGUAGGCCACUUCGGCCACUGCCUCACCCAAUUCAACAACUCUGGCUAUGUCGAGCCCAUCAAGAAACACAUUGCCGCCGGGAAACCCUUCAUGGGCGUCUGUGUCGGUCUACAAGCUCUCUUCGAAGGCUCAGAGGAAAACUCCGAUGUCCCUGGCUUAGCUGUCAUCCCUGGUCGUCUCCAGCGCUUCGACGACAGCGACAAGAGUGUUCCUCACAUUGGCUGGAACUCUGCCAACACCGCUUCUGAACAUGGCCUCGCUGCAAACCAGAGUCUGUAUGGCAUGCGUCCAGACAGCAAAUACUACUACGUCCACUCCUAUGCCGCCAUGUACAAACCCGGUGUCCUCGAAAAGGCUGGCUGGCAAGUCGCAACCGCCCGCUACGGCACCCAAGAAUUCGUCGGCGCAGUCGCAAAAGACAAUGUCCUCGUCACCCAAUUCCACCCCGAAAAGUCCGGAGCAGCAGGCCUUCGCGUGCUAAAGGCCUUCCUCAACGGCGACCGCCUGACAACUCUCCCUUCCACACCUUCAGCGCAAACCACAAAAGAAGGCCUCACCCGUCGCAUAAUCGCCUGCCUCGACGUCCGCACAAACGACCAAGGCGACCUCGUAGUAACGAAAGGCGACCAAUACGACGUACGCGAAAAGGCCGAUGGCGCCCCCGUCCGAAAUCUCGGCAAGCCAGUUUCAAUGGCAGAAAAAUACUACCACCAAGGCGCUGACGAAGUCACCUUCCUCAACAUCACCUCUUUCCGCGAAACACCGCUCAAAGACCAGCCUAUGCUCGAGAUCCUCCGUCAAGCUUCAUCAACGGUAUUCGUACCACUGACCAUCGGCGGCGGCAUCCGCGACACCAAAGACCCUGAAACAAACACCGUAGUCCCAGCCCUGGAAGUCGCAUCACUGUACUUCAAAUCCGGCGCCGACAAAGUCAGCAUCGGCUCCGACGCCGUGACAGCAGCAGAAGAAUACUACGCCAACAACUCCACUCUCAGCGGCAACACCGCAAUCGAGACAAUUUCAAAAGCCUACGGUGUGCAAGCCGUUGUGGUAUCAGUCGACCCCCGUAGAAUCUACGUAGACUCACCUGAAGAUACCACCCACGCUACACUCAAAACACCCUAUGCAGGUCCCAAUGGAGAGCAAUACUGCUGGUACGUAUGCACCAUCCACGGCGGUCGCACAACAUCCGACUUGGACGUCAUCCAACUCUGCAAAGCCGUGCAGGCAAUGGGCGCCGGAGAAAUCCUGCUCAACUGUAUCGACAAGGAUGGCACAAACUCUGGUUUCGAUCUUGAGCUCAUUCGCAGUGUGAAAGACGCAAUCAAGAUUCCCGUUAUCGCGAGUAGUGGUGCUGGUAACCCAGGACACUUUACACAAGUCUUUGACGAGACGACGGUGGAUGCGGCUCUGGGUGCUGGCAUGUUCCACCGUGGCGAGUACACGGUUAGACAGGUCAAGGAGGUCUUGGAAAAGGAAGGGUUGUUGGUUAGGAGGUUUGAGGACGACAUUUGA